GUUAAUUUGGUUGACAUCGAUAACCUCUGAGGGAAGAAGAAAACGGCAGAGGGACGUAAAGCGGUGCCGCCCAUUCCAGGCUCCAGGUGGACUGGGAAGUAACAGCGCUCGGCCUUGGGCUUCUUCUGCCCAUGGGAUGGCGCCUGAGCCGGGGGCAUCCGUGGCUGGGGAACGGGACGGGCGCUGGGACCCUCCUGGGAAGGACGGGACAGGACGGGACACGGCCGGCCGUGAGAUGCUGCCUCCGUCACUCGGCCGUGCGGAACAUUCCUAAGGUCGCCGUUCCUGGGCGCGUUUACAGGUGAAGCAGAUGUUCCCUUCCAAAAUGACUUUUGGAGCUCUGGUUUUGUGUCUCGUUUGUGCUGGGCUUGGAAAGGCAAAUGUGGUUCCACAAGCUGAACACAGAAGCGUGAAGGUGGGUGGCAACGUGACUCUCAGCUGUGUCUUGACAGAACCCAAGGAUGUUGUGCAAGUGACAUGGCAAAAGGACACUGAAACAUCACAGAAUAAUAUAGCUACAUACAGUAACUCAGGAGUAUUAAAGAUUCAUAAGCCCUACCAAGACAGAAUGAAUUUCACAAGUCUGGUACUCAAUGAGACAAACAUCACUUUCUGGGACACUAGAAUGGAUGAUUCAGGGUGUUACACGUGUCUCUUCAAUACUUUUCCUCUCGGCUCCUUCUCGGGACAUACCUGCCUGAGUGUCUUUGGUCUCAAUGCGUCUGUCCAUUACAACAUUUCUGAAGGUCAUAUGAUAGCCAUCUGUAACGCCGUUGGCAUCCCAGAGCCCACUGUCACCUGGAACAACUUGUUCAAUUCUACUCCUACACAGGAGAUGUUCAGGUACAAAAAUGGGGUGGUGUCCAUCACCAGUAAACUGGAGAUCUUCAACACUCAGAGCAUCAGUGCACAGGACUUGACCUGCAGAGUAAGCAACAGCAAUGAAAAAAUGGAAUUGCCUGUGGAAAUGAAAGGAGAAGGGGGAGCCUCAUUGCUUUGGCUGACGAUUCCUGUGGGCAUUUUAAUUGUCAUAAUUCUGAUUCUGGUAACUAUGUGCUGGAGGAAGAGGAUAUGCAGCAGGGGUUGAAGUGGUUGCCGGAGAAUUUCCAUUCACCUACUGACUGGUUCAUUACAGCCCAGAAGCCAGAAGUCAACAUCACAAGCAGUGACUUGACUGGCUGGAAAGGAACAGGAAUAAAAGGGAAAUACCUCACAUACACUACCCUAUCUAGGCACUGAGAUAUCACUGAAAACAAUAGUGCAAUGUUUUUUUUAUCCAGUCUAGAUGCUUAAUUAUAACAAGUAGGACCAGAGGGACCACGUAGUCUGUUCCUUUGCUGCCAGGCAAAAUCUACUUUGCUCGCACCACUCUUGGUACUGCUAGUGUGCAAAAUAUGUUUGCCUUCUUCCAGCUGAGUUUUGAAAAUGCCCCCAGAUGGAGGCCCUGCAAGCUCUCUGGAGAUCUUCUUCCAGUGCUUAAUCAUUCUUCACAGUGAAGAAGGGUUUAAUUUUUACUAACAUCUGUCUGCAAAUUCAUUUGCAGCAACUCUCUGUUCAUUGACCUCUUCCUGAUAUGUAGUUUUCCUACUUUUAUCCAGCUGAUCUGACUCCUUUUCUCAGCCAAUGGCUGUGUUGCUAUACUCUGUCUGGAGAGACCUGCUGGACUCAAAACCACAGGACUCAAGCCAAUUCUGCUUAAAUUGUUGAGGAUGAGCAAUAGAGCUCCAAGCAGGCAUCAGAUGAGAGGCAGUAACAGCCACAGUUGGGAAGGAGAGUUGUGGUCACUGGGGCUAAGUCCAGCUGGAGGCCUGUGAGUAGUGGUGUCCUCCAGGGGUCAGUACUGGGUCCAGUCCUGUUCAAUGUAUUCAUUGACUACCUAGAUGAAAGGGACAGAAAGUACCCUCAGCAAAUUUGCUGAUGAUACAACACUAGGUGGAUUGGCUGACAUGCCAGAAGGCUGUGCUGCCAUCCAGCAUGAUCUGGACAGGCUGGAGAACUGGGCGGGAAGAAACCUAAUGAAGUUCAACAAGGUCAAGCGUAGAAUACUUCAUGUGGGGAAGAACAACCCCAUGUACCUCUACAAGUUUGGGGGUGACCUGCUGAAAAGCAGCUCUGUGGAAAAAGACCUGGGAAUCAUGUCUGACAACAGUCUGACCAUGAGCCAGCAAUGUGCUUUUGCAGCCAAGAGGGCCACUGGCAUCCUAGGGUGCAUUAAGUAGCCAGCCUGUUGAGGGAGGUUCUCCUCCCCCUCUAUUCUGCCCUGGUGAAACCCCACCUGGAGUAUUGUGUGCAGUUAUGGGCUUCCCAGUUCAAGAAGGACAAGGAACUAGUGGGGAGAGUCCAGCACAGGGCCACUAAGAUGAUUAAAGGACUGGAGCAUCUGCCAUAUGAGGAAAGGAUGAGAGAGCUGGGUCUGUUUAGCCUAGAGAAAAGGAGGCUGAGGGAGGAAUCUCAUCAGUCCUUAUAAAUAUCUAAAGGGUGGAUGUCAGGAGUACGGGGCCAGAUUCUUCUCAGUGGUGUACAGUGACAGAACAAGAGGCAAAGGUCACAAACUGGUACACAGGAGUUUUAACCUAAUAUUAAGAAAAUGCUUCUUUACUUGGAGGAUAGAGCACUGGAACAAGCUGCACAGGGAGGCUGUGGAGUCUCCAUCCCUGGAGAUGUUCAAAACCCACCUUGAAGUGUUCCUGUAUAAUCUGCUCCAGAGGAUCCUGCUCUAGCACGGAGGUUGAUCUAGAUGAUCUCCAAAGUUGUCCCUUCCAACCCCUACCAUUCUGUGACUCUGAAAGAAGAUUUAUAAGUAAUUUAUUUUAUUUGGGUUUUCUUGCUAUUCCUGAAGUGCUGGGGGGUUUUAAUAUAUAAAUGAGGAGAAGGAAGCAAAGCCCAGCAGUGCAAGUGUUGGCAUACCAUCUUUCUUUUUAGGCCUAAGUGUUCAGAACCAGUAUUUUGUUGGUUCCAGAGCAGUGGCCUCUCUAGAAUCUGGUAAAAAUCUGUGUGUGUGUGUGUCUGCGAGUAUUACAUAAGUUAGAGAUGAUGUUUGCUGUUACUAUCAUAGGUGUAAUAUGGAUUAUUUAUUUUUUAUGUGUGUAUAUAUAUAUAUAGCACUUUUUCUAAUUAUAUAUAUAUAUAUAUAUGAUCUAGCCAAAACAGCAACUAAUCCAUUUUAAUAUAUUUUUUCUGGUUGUUUAGGAUACCAGAAAUGCUUCAUUGUAAGUUAAGUUUUUUUGUGUUUUUGAUUUAAACUUUGCUUCUUUUCUGUACCGAAAGUGGGACUUCAGGGGCUUUUUAAGAUGUUUUGGUUUGGGUUUGGUUUUUUUGGUAUAGGUUUGUGGUUGUUUGGGUUUGUUUGUUAUUUUAAUUUGAAACAAUGCAACUUUUGAGAUAAAUUUGCAGAAGAGUUUUUGACCACAACUGCCACAGUUUACUUCAGUUAACUUCAAUCAAUCAAAAAAUGGUAUUUUAUGCUGUAUUUUAGAGGCAUUGUGUGUGUCAUGUUUGUUGCUUAAUUAUUUUUUAUCUGAAGUUACAUGUUCUGUUGAUGCAUUGGCUGUCCUGUUUUUCUGUAUCUGCCUUUGCUGAAAAGAAGCCGAAUAAAGCAAUUUUGAAUGUAA